UGCACCUGCCCAAGAUAUAUGAAAUAAUGACCCUCAGUUGAUGUUUUAAUGAAAAAUAACCUCAAUUUCACAAAAUCUAUUAAGAAGCUUUCCAGGUUGAGAUUUCACUUAACUGCAACACUGUUGCUUUUUCCUGUCAAUACGCCCUCUAUGUGGAGGCAUGUUAUCUAUGUCAGUUGCAACAGUUGCGUUAUUGUAAACCCUGCGGAGCACAAUGAGAAGAGAAAAAGAGGGAAUGAGGGUUUUUUUGUAAUUGUAACAAAAAGAUGGAUUGAGGGACAACGUUGCUAGGAGACCCUGACAUCAGCGUUUUAUCCCAGAAUCAUGCAGUAGCCUACGUGCAUUCAGACUCGCUGUGGUGUGUGUAUGGGUGUAUAUGAAUGUGUGUGUGUGUGUGUCCGUGUGUGUGUGUACCUCCUCUCCCCACUGCGUCUGUGUGUCCUUGCUCUUGCUCGUACUAUAAAGCCGUCAGCAUCUCCUUUGCUCUGCUCUGUGCUCGAGUGGAGUUAAGGCUGUUUCCGCCGAAGCACAAAUUAGAGUCAACCCAGCUGUGCUUGCAGAAUGAAGAACGGAUGAUGAUUGAUGAUUUUUUUUUUUUUUUUUUUUAAACAAGGCAGGCAUAUUUUUUGUCAAGGUUAUAGAGCAAAUAUCAACUCCUACAUGAGCCUGUAUCUUCUCUGAAUCAAGUUACUGUUCUUUCCUCAAGAGCAAAAGCCCUGAAUGGAAAAUUAAGAAACAGAGAGAGAAAAAAGAAAGCUUGAAGCUCACUACAGGCGGCGGAGCAAAGAGACGAGCUGGAAGGGAACUCAGGGAAAAGGAAGCUGUCAAGUACAAUGGAUUGUUUACUUUGGGGUAUUUGAUGACUGAGCUCACAGAAGACAUCUAUCUGUUCCUCAGCAUACUUUCUUCUCCUCCUGAACAAAUCCCCAGAGCUGCCUGGAGGCUGCUUCCUCAUCUCGCAGGUCAGAUACACAGUGUGCGUUCAAGGCACUGAAGAGGUGAUGUGGUGGCAGCAAAGAGGGGAGUUAUCAUCCAACCUCCCCUGCCUGUUAUUCUUCUUUGUCCUCUUCACACGAGCACAUCUGAGUUCUUUCUCUUUAUGUUCUUGCUUUGGGGCUGCAAUGAAGUGAACACCCUUCUUCAACGUCGGGGAUCUGUAUCUCAUCCCUCGUUCCUCUGUCAUCGUAAUUUCUCCACCUCCUCAUUCAUUUUCCUAACUUUUCCCUUUGGUUCUUAACGGUUUUCUGUCACUCCUCCAUUUAUUUCCUCACCUCUCAGCCUAUCAGCUCCUAAUCUACACUUCUGUCCACCCCUCUCUACUGCACUUUCCUCUACUUUUCUCUCAUGCAUCUUCUUCUCUUUCUCCAUUUUUUCCAUAUCAAACUAUCCAAUUUCCUCUCCUUAUCCUGAGGGCAGACAGGACUCAUACCACACACUGUCUCACCUAAUUGCCAUCUCCUCCCCUACACCUCUCACAUUCCCGCUUUCCUCGGCACCUUAUUCUCUCACUUCCCUCACAAUUACCGCUCCCGUCCUGUCACAAUGCACUUCUCUGAAGAGCCGUGGAACUCCACCGAGCAGGUCUGGAUCAACGGCUCCCAGAUGAACUUCUCUCUGGGAGGACGUGUCGACGGGGAGCAGGAGGAGGGGGAGGAGGAAGGAGAGCAGCACCCCUUCCUCACAGACGCCUGGCUGGUCCCCCUCUUUUUUUCCCUCAUCAUGCUGGUUGGGCUGGUGGGCAACUCUCUGGUCAUUUAUGUCAUUUCCAAACACAGGCAGAUGAGGACGGCAACUAAUUUCUACAUAGCAAACCUGGCUGCCACUGACAUCAUCUUCCUGGUGUGCUGCGUCCCCUUCACUGCCACCCUCUAUCCUCUCCCUGGAUGGAUCUUUGGCAACUUCAUGUGCAAAUUUGUCGCCUUUCUACAGCAGGUAACAGUCCAGGCUACCUGUAUCACUCUGACUGCCAUGAGUGGAGACCGCUGUUAUGUCACAGUCUACCCUCUGAAAUCUCUCCGCCAUCGUACCCCGAGAGUGGCCAUGAUCGUCAGCAUCUGCAUUUGGAUCGGCUCCUUCAUCCUAUCCACUCCGAUAUUAAUGUACCAGCGUAUAGAGGAGGGUUACUGGUACGGUCCCCGGCAAUAUUGCAUGGAGAGGUUUCCCUCUAAAACACAUGAGAGGGCUUUCAUCCUGUACCAGUUUAUUGCUGCCUACCUGCUGCCUGUCCUCACUAUCUCCUUCUGCUACACUCUGAUGGUGAAGAGGGUGGGUCAGCCCACUGUGGAACCUGUGGACAACAACUAUCAGGUCAACCUCCUGUCUGAGAGAACCAUAAGCAUAAGAAGCAAAGUCUCCAAGAUGGUGGUGGUGAUCGUCCUCCUCUUCGCCAUCUGCUGGGGACCCAUCCAGAUCUUCGUCCUCUUCCAGUCUUUCUACCCAAACUACCGGCCAAACUACGCCACGUACAAGAUCAAGACGUGGGCCAACUGCAUGUCUUACGCCAACUCCUCAGUCAACCCCAUCGUUUAUGGUUUCAUGGGAGCCAGCUUCCAAAAGUCCUUCCGGAAAACCUUUCCCUUCCUGUUCAAGCACAAGGUCAGAGAUAGCAGCAUGGCAUCAAGGACUGCCAAUGCUGAGAUCAAGUUUGUUGCAGCGGAGGAAGGCAACAUUAACAAUGGAGUAAAUUGAAUUUGACAAUAACAAAAAAAAAAAAAAAAGAAUGAAAUUAUUGUUUGUACCUAGGGCAAUCGCUGCAAGAAGAAAAUUACAAUAAUGAUAAACGGCAGCCAUGGGUUCAAAGUUUUAAUAAAAAAACUGGCUCAUUUCAAAAGGACAUACUAUGUUUGCCAAACACAUUUAAUGAAUUCAACUAAUUAACAAACCGAUGUGGGGAAACACAUCAUCACACAGGAUAUGGAUGGAUAACAGUGUUGGCACAACAUGUCAUCCACUGAGCUGCCAAAACACCUCAGUCCAAAUAACAGAGGACAGUUGCUCACAUCUGAUGACGAAAGGGGAAAAUGUGGCCUGACAGUCCCUGUCAGAUCUGACUGCAGCUCUGGUUUAAACUAUCCAGCAUUUGGACAACUGAUGAUUAAAGAUAGAGUAUGAACACUGAAUGUACAUUUUGAAUGGACAGUUAAUAGUCUAGAAUAGAUGCUUAUGGGCAUAGUUUUUGCUUUUAUAUAUGUGUUUGACAUUUGUUUCUGUCAUUAGGGAGAAAGAAUAAUUACAGUUGCAGUAUCUGUCAUUCUGUAAAACAGCUAACACUAUUUCAUUUUUAAAGAAAUAGUUUCACAUUUUGGAAGUGUCCUUUUUCACUUUCUUGCUGUGACUGAUAUGAGAAGAUGGAUACCAUGUCUGAAUACAUGAUAUGAAGCUAGCGCCAAGAAAUGAUUAGUGUAGCUUAACAUUAAGACUAGAAUUGGGGAAAAAGCUAACCUGUCUCCCUCCAAACUUCAAAAAUACAUCUAUAGGAGCACCUCUACAGCACAAUAAUUAAAUACAAAACAGCACAUAACUCCCCAUAAAAUCACAAUAUGUCACGUGUCAGGCUAGCUGUUUUUCCCUGUUUCCAGUCUUUAUGCUAGGUUAAACUCACUGAAUCCUAACUCCGGCUCUGUACUAUGUUCACAUCAUUUCAGAGGUACUGUUAUUCCAAGCUGUAAAAAAUGUUCAUGUCAACUCUGACUGACAAACAUGGAUAUUUCAUGUCAGCCAAGGUUUGUUGUUCAAUGUACUUAAAGUCAAACUGAAUGGAUGUAGUGCUAUAUUGUCAAUUUAAAGUAUUGUGACUCUCCCAUGACCCACUCAGUAAUAAUGCAACUGUCUUGAGUUGUUCGAUGAUGUGAAUGCUCACUAGUCAUUAACAUCUCUGUCAUCAGUCCCAUAGGAUGUGAAUGUGGGCAUUAAUGCACAGACCUGGGAGAAGUUUUGAUCUUCACAUUUCCCAGAAUGUCAAACUAUUCCUUGAAAAAGUAUGUCUGCAUUUGUGUCAAACACCAAACACCUGAACAUAACACAACAAACAUCACUGGUAUGCAUUGCUGACAAAGUGCAAAUACCUCUGUGGUGUCUGUGACAGAGAUGCUGACAAGAGCCUACAUCUGAAAAAGAUGUUUGUUUUUCCUCUUGUUCUUCAUUCUUUUCUAACCACAUUCAACCAGCAGUGAAUCAGUGAGCACAGGGUAACACAGGGUUAAAGUUGUGCUCCUCUCUUUGGUGUGAAUCAAACAAUGCAAAGCCAGCAUCCACUUGAAUGAUAGUUUCUCUGCUGCCAAAUGUGAUGAGUGGGCGCUGGCUGAAGCAGGGGUUACAACCGGUGAGGCAUAGACAGUGUUUACCUUUCUUUUGUGUCAGAUACACAAACAUUCACAGCUUCCUCAGUGCAAGUGCGCACACAAUCACUCACCACUGCAGAAACAUGCACACACAUAUACACGGAUGUGAACUUGGUAUAUCCAGGUGUUGUUUGUUAGAAUCAGUUGUCACAUCUUCUCUGAGAAACACCCUUGUACAAUCUUGUCAAACGGACUAAACUCCAAAUGGUGGAGACAACCCGUAUGGCCUGCGCUGUGUUGUAAGAGAGCACUUUGAAAGAGAACUUGUUCAGCUGUCUGCCGAUGGAAAACAGCCUAUCAUUGUUAAUAAAUCCACAGAGCCCCUGCCAACUCUCCACUUUCUAGAUGCAGUCCUUUUCUGUCCAUCCCACACACUGACAUUCAAAAUCAGAACUCCAAUUAUGGCCCAAAGAAAGUCUGAUAAUGUAAUUCUCAUUUGAAUUGUAGAUACUGUAGGACCUACAGUCAUCAGGGCUCCAUUUGAAUGACAUCAAAGUGUAUUGAAAGGAAAACCAGAGCACCUCUGGCUGCCAUAAUUAGCCAUAAACAGGUAACAAAAGGGUGCUUGAGGAUUGUCAUAAAUUAUUGACAUUUGGCCAUAUUUUGAGGACAGACCUUGUCAAAUCUUUAGGUAUGGCCAAAAAGAGAAUGUAACCUAACAUGUUUAAUAGAAUAUGUGCCUCUGAAUACUGUUUUAGUACAACAAAGUUUACAUUUGCUUAAAAAACACACACACAUACGUCAGCUUUGAGUUGCUCUAUUUUAGCAGGAUGUGAUUAGACCCCCAUCUAUAAUUCUAAUUAUAUAGAAGACAGCCAACAGAAGGAGAUGUUAUCAGUAAAUUAAUGACAUGGGGUGAAAGGUUUGUUUUUUCUAACUGAGUGCUGUUGUAAAAUAUGUUUUAACAGGUUUAAUUUAAUGCUAAUGACUGCUUAUUAUGUUUAAUGUAUGCUAAUUGUGUUGCAUUUCCUCCACACGGAGCCGUGUACUGUACGUUCAUUUGGACCAAAGUCAUCAGUAAUAUGUAUGUUUUCUGCCUUCUCUUGUAUCUGCUCUUAUUCUGACCUUGUGACUGUGUCUGUUCUGGUUCAACAGUAUCUUCAGCUCAGCUUUAACCUUCUUGUUCAAUAAAAGUUGCCAGCUGAUGUAUGGCAAAGCUAUUUCA